AUGGGGAACGUUCUUUCAUUUUCUAGAAAACACGGCAAAUUAGCAAAAUCCAAAAACACCCAAAAUGUUCAAAAAAAAACAGAACCUUUAAAAUAUUACCUACCGAAUUUUAUAACGGACACGGAUAUAAUGGUUAUGUCACAUUUUUUUGAUCGAUAUCUUUUUCAAUGCAAUUUUAAAGCUCCGAUUGAAGAAAAAUUGACUAGCGGACGAUGUAAAGUCUUAGAUGUAUGCUGCGGGGCUGGAACUUGGUUAUUAGACAUGGCUUCAGCUUAUGGUUCAUCGAAUUUCUUUGGGAUUGAUUUGUGCUUUGUAUUCCCGACAGAGAUUAAACCGGAAAAUGUGCAAUUUAAAUUAGGCGAUGUUUUGGAAGGGCUUCCAUUCGAUGAUAAUACAUUUGAUUACGUUCAUCAAGGACAUAUGGUAGAUGUAUUUACAUUGGAUCAAUGGCAUUUUGCUAUAACGGAAAUAAUUAGAGUGUGUAAACCAGGCGGAUACGUAGAAUUCGCUGAACCAGAAUUAGCAACUAACUCUGGCCCAAUACUUUCAAAGUUCUACGAUGCAUUGGUCGAAUUAAGCGAAUCCCGUAAUGUGAAAAUACGAAUGUAUGAUAAUAUUAUUGGAAUCUUAAACUCAACAAUAUCAGUGCAAAAUGUUGAAUCUAAAAAAGAAGUGAUUUCAUUGGGGUUAAAGAAAGGAGGAUAUGUCGGCAAUGAGUAUUUGAUGAUACAUAAUGAAUUUUUUUUAAACGUUCCUAUGCCCGAAACUUUGUCUAAAUUUAUGGGACUUUCAGAAAGAGAAUAUUUAGAAUUAUAUAAAAGGGCCAAAAAUGAAGUUGAGAGUGUGUUUUCACCUGAUUGUGAAGUCUAUAAAAUAUGGUGUCAAAAGAGAUGA